GAAUACUUCCUGCAGAUGCACCCAGAUGGUACAAUUGAUGGGACCAAGGACGAAAACAGUGACUACACCCUUUUCAAUCUAAUUCCUGUGGGUCUUCGCGUGGUGGCAAUUCAAGGGGUGAAGGCAGGUCUGUACGUUGCCAUGAACGCUGAGGGAUAUCUCUACAGCUCA